CCGGGGCCGGGCUCCCACCGCUGUCCCGGCCUCGGCCAGAGUCGUGUGGCUCCCGCCCCGGGGGAGGGACUUCAAGGGAGACAGGCCUGUUCUCCAAGCACUCCAGCCGCUCGCGAUCUUUUCACAGUUCACGAGGAUUUCAGCUGUACUUUGGCGCUGCCUUCCCCUUUCCCAGGACUGUCAAUGGCAGGCUACCAGCUCUGGUCACCAUGGACCCCACUGGAUGAGAGCUUCCAAUGGCUGCGGCACACAACACCUACCCCUUCCUCCAAACACCCUUUUAGGGCCUCUCCUUGUUUCCCCCACACUCCUUCUGACCUUGAAGUGCAGUUGUGCUUUCAAGAAGUCACCCUUGUCCUAGACAGCCCACUUGUGGAAUCUGGAGAGAGCCCCAAGUUGCCUUGCCACACAUCAGAGCUCCGAGCCACGAAUAACAAGAAAGGAGUGGUGAGGAAGCCCCAGCCUGUCCGCCUCAGUGGAGUGGAUUCUGUCUUUGGUAGGGUCAUCACAGCUCAGCCACCCAAGUGGACUGGAACCUUCAGAGUUUCAGACAAGUCAGCCUUCUGCAAAAUUAUCAGCAGGGAGCACCAGUGGCCCACUGGACUCAAGGAGCCUCAGAUUCAGAUGACAGUGACUAUGUGCAAACAGAUGCUACGCUCCAUCCUCCUGCUGUAUGCGACCUACAAGAAGUGCACCUUUGCCUUGCAGCACUCCAAGUAAGGGUCCCUGUCUGAGCCCUGAGCUCCACACCAUGCUCAAUGGUAUGUACCCAAAGCUUACAUAGACCUGUCUACAUAAAUGAAACUGUGACAUCAUGCCAAAUAUUUUUCCUUUCGGUCAUGCUGUGACAAUUCUGGAGUUUCCCCUUCUCCCCUCUUUUCAGAAAUAGGACCAAUGACACUGAGCAAGGAAGAACAUUUCCACUCUAAAGCUGAAUGACCAUUCAAAAGUUAACCUAAUACUGACGUGCACAUGUGAUAAUGAUGAACUUGUCAUAUAAGUAAGUCAGCCUAAUGUGAACACGCUCAAAUGCCAUAGACAAUGAUGAGCUGGCAAAGAAAAGGGAUGCCAAGAAAAGACAAGUAUGGAUUUCUGGGGACCAGAGGAUGAAGGGGUCAAAAAUGUAUAUGGGUUAAGGGCUAAUUUAAAAAUUGCAUUCCCUCCUCAAACAAAUGUGAAUCACUAGAAAAAAAAUAUAACUUUAAUACCUGUAUAGGCAAAAAUAUUAGCAAAUAUUAAAUAGUCUUAGUGACAUGGCAAGGAAGAGCCUGACAGCAGUUUUGAGACUGGGCUUUCUGGCAGAAGACAGGAUCCCUGACUUUAGCUCCUGAUGCUCUAUUUCUAAUAAACUAUAAUUAUUUUGUAUGAUUCUUAAAAAUAGAUCCUAGGCAUAAUUCAGAAUAAUGUGGAAAUAAAUACUGUAUAUACAUACAAAGCCAGCAGAUGUCUGAUGAUGUCUUUUCUUCCUUUGUUUUAUACUAAUACAUUUUAGAAGGGAGCUGGUGAGAUGGCUAAGCAGGUAAAGGUGUGGAGUUUGAUCCUGGAAACCUGUAUGGUGGAAGGAGAGAACCUACUCUGACCUCCACACGUGCACCGCAGCA